CAUACAUACGCAGAAAAAACUUCUAGAAAGGUUACAUUAUCAUCAUUUGACAAUAGAAAAUUUUCAAUUAUCGAACUAACGUUACAGAACUGUUUGUUAUUUCACAGCUUCGCAGCUGAUUCAUUAUUUGCAGCUCGACUGCAGUGAAUAUUUCUGCCAUCAUUUACCUACCUAGGCAGUGUUAGUGUCGAGAGGUGAGAAAUUAUAGACUAUUCAACCGAUUGCGAAUCUUAUUUAAACGUUAAUUCUGUUAAAUACGUGUUAAAUACUAUUGCAUCAAGUGCACCGAAGGUUUAACUUUGACAACGAUUUUCGACGUAACGAGUGAGUUACGGUUGGAGACCAGAUAUGGGUUCAUACGCUUGGGUAUCCGGAUCUCAUGGAAGUGUUCCGCCUAAUGCAGUUUUGGCAGGUAGAGAUAUAGAUGGUGCACCAUUAUACGUUGGUAGAGCUUUCCACGAAGGUGAUCUUGUGCCUUGUAAAAUUGCCCCACAUCAUGGAGCAGCUUAUAUACCAUUCGCAGGAGGAGAAACAACCAAACACGAAUACGAAGUUCUUUGUAGUGCAAACGUUGCUUGGCAGUUUGCUAGAAAUGGUGAAGUACCACACAAUGCUAUUGUCGCAGGAACAACCAGAGAAGGCGAAAAAUUGUACAUAGGUCGCAUUAUGCACGAGGGUUCUUUGACUCCUGGAAAGAUACAUCCGAGUCAUGGAUGCUUAUACAUUCCAUUCGGAGGUCAAGAAGUACGCCAUCAUGAGUAUGAAGUAGCAGUACAAAUGUAAUCUUUGAGGUAUCGAUAUAGCUUAGUGUGUAUUUUACGAAACAUUUCUAAUGUUGUAUCAUUUCAUUAUCCAAUAAUGUUUCAUUUGUUAUGUUAUUUUUUAAUUUUUUCCCCGUACCUUAUCUGCUUAAUUUAAUCGAAUAAAAUGCAAUUCUGUUUUAUCGGUA